AUGUCGACUCAGCCUGGAAUCCUCCAGCUACAAAUGGUAAUUAGCGGCGCGGGGAAAUGUAAUAUGCGGAGAGGUAAGGCAGAACUGAUCUGCAUUGUAACCUUAAUUCUUGUCAAGAUGCUACACUUGUUACUGAUACUCCUACAUCUGUUCUGCUCCGGUGCUGUGCACGCAGAGACCAAACCUUCUAAUGUCACCAUCAUAGAACCGACCUUCAUCCGGUAUUGCCCAUUCCGGGUUAAUGUCUCCCUAGCGACCGAUCUCUCCUCAUUGGAUAUCGCAUUUUUGACGAAGAGUGCCAACCCAGGCCCUCCUCCAUUAGGUGUCCACCGGUGCUAUGUCCGCGUUCAGAUCGGCUUCGACAAGACAGUUUACGCCUACACGAUUAACGAGGUAGAAUACGUCCCGGAGAAUGCGAAGAGUAUAACUGGGAAGAUCGAGACAAGAGUGGCCUGGGAGUACGACAGCGGACCUACUCAAUUUACAGCGGUAACGCUCUCUUCCACAUCUGGUGCGCAGACUGCCAAAAAUAUAACGUACGCAAGGGGGGCUGGAUGCCAAGAUGACCCGUUUCUGAACAUUCUAGCCUCUUUUAAUGAGAACGAGCUACAGUGGAGGACUCGUAGCUCUGAAAGUGACUGGUUCGCGGACAAGUUUUGCAUUCAGUACGGCGAUUGCAGGAACGUUGACGUCGAUGGUUUACCGAGUUGGCCUGAGAGUUGCACCUUUCCAAACGGAACGGUAUAA